AUGAGCUUGGAGAAUCUUAGUGUCCUACUAGUUAUUUUGAGUUUUCUGGUUGUCUGCAAGAGUCUAGGCAACUUUCAUUAUUAUGAUUUUGUUCUGAAGGAAACGAAUUUCACAAAGUUGUGCAGCACGAAUACUAUACUGACAGUCAAUGACAGUUUUCCAGGGCCAACUAUUCGUGUUCAGAAAGGAGAUACAGCUGUUGUCACUGUCCACAAUCAUGGAAGAUAUGGGAUCACUAUUCACUGGCAUGGUGUGAGGGAACCAAGGGAUCCUUGGUCAGAUGGACCUGAGAACAUAACACAGUGCCCUAUUCAACCAGGAACAAAUUUCACUCAGAAGGUGGCCUUUACAUUGGAAGAAGGAACUCUUUGGUGGCAUGCACAUAGUGGUGGAACUCGUGCCACUGUCCAUGGUGCCAUUGUCAUUUUACCCGCCGGUGGAACUUCCUAUCCCUUCCCUGAACCUUAUGGACAACAUACUAUUAUCAUUGGUGAGUGGUACAAGAGAGAUAUGAUGCAAAUUUUACAUUCAGCCCUGGCAACUGGUGGUGAGCCCAGUGUAUCAGAUGCUUACACAAUCAACGGCCAACCUGGUGAUUUUUAUGAUUGCUCAAAAGAGGCCACGUAUCGCUUUUUAGUUGAUUAUGGAAAGACAUAUCUCUUCCGCAUAAUAAAUGCAGCAAUGAACGAAGAACUUUUCUUUGGGAUAUCUAAUCACAACCUUACAAUUGUAGGCAUUGAUGGUUCCUACACAAAGCCCUUAAACACCAAUUUCAUCAUGAUAAUCCCAGGACAAACAAUGGAUGUGUUGGUCUCAACAAACCAGCCAAAGGGUCUCUAUUACGUUGCUGCUAGUGCUUUCUAUGAUGGCAAUGCUAUGUAUAACAAUUCCACAACAACAGCUAUUCUUCAUUACAGUGGGAGUUACACACCACCAACAUCAUCCAUUCCCAUGCCUAUGCUUCCUGCAGUGAAUAGCUCAGGAACAGUAUUUAAUUUUAUCAAGAGCUUGAGGGGCUUGGCAAGCCAAGAUCACCCUGCCAAUGUGCCAGUAAAUGUGACUAGAAAAAUUUAUAUUACUGUUUCCAUGAAUGAAUUACCUUGUCAAAACUCAAAAGGAAGUUGUUCAGGACCUAAUGGAACCAGAUUAGCUUCAAGCUUAAGCAAUAUAAGUUUUCAGAUCCCACAGAUUGAUAUUCUGCAAGCAUACUACUGGAACAUUUCAGGAGUUUUCACUGAGGACUUUCCGGAUCAACCACCUUUCUUUUACAACUUCACAGGAGAUACAGGAAGCAACACAUUAAUCCCAAGCACAGGAACAAGGGCGCUAAUUUUUUACUAUAAUGAGGUUGUUGAACUUAUGUGGCAAGGAACCAGUGUUCUCACUGCAGAGAAUCAUGCCAUGCACCUUCAUGGUUUUAGUUUCUUUGUGGUGGGUGUGGGGACAGGAAAUUUCAACAAUGUGACAGACCCAAAAUCUUACAAUUUAAUUGAUCCACCAGAAGUUAACACCUUUGCUCUUCCUAAGAAUGGAUGGGUUGCCAUGAGAUUUGUUGCAAAUAAUCCAGGUGUAUGGUAUAUGCACUGUCAUCUUGAGAGACACACUAGCUGGGGUAUGGAUACUGUGCUGAUAGUAAGAGAUGGAGGUACCACAGAAACUAGUAUGGUUCCACCUCCUGAAUACAUGCCACCUUGUUCUUAA